GGGUGGAUCUUAUAAAGUUACACACGCACACCUGAUUCACACAGCUUGAGCUGCUCCUGUUGCUGACUGUUUGAGCUCGAGCUUUAACUGAAGACAAUGAGUUUACCGGACUAUAAAUCUCCUGGAAAACAGUCCCCAGCAGCUGUACAGUCGAAAUCCCAAGUUGUGCAGCUGAAUAUCGGAGGUCAUGUCUUCAGCACAUCCCUGGGGACCAUCCGGAAAUUCCCAAACUCCACACUGGCAGACCUGUUUAACGGAUCCACCAAACGGAUGGACCCCGAGGGUCGUUACUUCAUAGAUCGUGAUGGGACUCAUUUUGCAUACAUCCUUGAGUACCUCAGAGCUGAGAAGGUUCCUACUGAUCACCUGCAGGAAGUGCACAAGGAGGCGCUUUACUAUGACAUCAAACCUCUGGUCAAAGCCAUUGAGGAGACGCCUCAGUUCUUCGGAGAGACGGUCGGAAGACAGCAGUUUCUGUCCCGUGUGCCGAAUUACCGUGAAAACCUGGAGGUGAUUGUCCGGGUGGCCAGAGCGGAGGCCAUCGCCUCACGCUACUCCAAUAUAAUCGUGUGUGUUGUGAGGACAGAAGAUGAUUUAGCCAGCUACAAUGAUGUUAUUGACAGUCUCGGCACCCCAAAAGAGUCUGUGGUGAGCUUUGGUCCGUGGAAAGCUCCAGCGUCAGUGGAUGACCUGUUAGAUUGCGUCAAAACGGACAUAGAGGCCAAAGGAUAUAAAGUAAAGAUACAACCACACAGCAUAGACAAAGGGUUUCUCUUUAAGAGCUACAACUUCUUCUAUAAAUUGGUUUUCACCUGGUGGUAAAGAGUGUGAGGCUCAACAUUUUAGGCCUUUUAAUGACAUGGAAAUAGGGGUAUACAAAAUGAAAGAAUGUUUUAUACAUGAUUAACUUAUCACACAAAUCAGAUUUAUCAAACAUCUGUUCCUUCAGCAGUCCCAUGUGACAGACAGCUGCUAAUGUAUAAUGAAGAUCUUAUCUGUCAGUAUCUGUUCAACCCUUGUUUAAUAUUGACUUAAGUCAUGCUAUCCUGGCCUUUCGGCUGAAAAUAGCUUCUGCAUGGACGUCUCUUGUCAUGUUUCACAGACAGGUCUUAGAUUAAGCCAGGAUUAGGUUAGGGUUAGGAAGUUUAAGUAGCUUUUUAGGUUAGAAAGUUUAAUUAGUUCAAUUAGGAUUUAAAGUCCCCCUGUAGUCGAUUUUGACUAAAAA